AACAGCCGAGUGCCCAGCAAAGGGAAAGCAUUUUUAUGUUUACUGGUGAAAGUUGGUUUCCCAAUGUUUUAUUAAGCCUAAUGUUGAGGCAUUUUACAGAGAUUAUACACUCACUCACUCACUCAGUCAGUCACUCAGUCCAACUCUGGAGCACCUAAAGCCGUAAACUGGGACUUCCCACAUUUCACUCAGCGGUUUGAUUCUACAGAAACAACCAAAACUUCGGACAGUUGUUAAUUUUCUUCGUUCAUUCCAAACAUACUUAAAAUUGUCACAUUUUUGAUAUUUUUUUACACUGGUACACUGCCAACAAUUUUUGGUCCUUUAGGAAAAUACUUUGUCCUUUCGUAUUUUAUCACUUCAACAUUCAGUCUUUCAAGAAGACAGCAGACCUUACUGCAUUUAACACUUUGUGCCAGAAUGGAUGAGAUCAGUCGGUUAUUUGGCACCAUGGGGCGUGUCCGCUCUGACAGCCUUUCCAGCAAUGCCACACAGUCUACAGGCAGCAAACUGGUUCUACGCCAUCGGCUCAACCAGCUGAUGACGUGCGUGGACGACCUGGACCCCAAAAACGAGCUGCAUGAGGAAAUGGUGAAGACUCUGGAUAAAGCCUUCCUCCUCUGUGGCAAGAGAGCCAACAAGCCGAAAAAAAACAGUUUCAGGCUACACAUGGUGACGUGGAAUGUGGCCACAGCUUAUCCUCCAGAUGACAUGACCUUGCUUCUCCAUCUGAACUCCCCAAAGAGCCCAGAUCUCUACGUCAUUGGUUUGCAGGAGGUGUACUCGGGGCCAUUGAGGUUUGUGUCGGACACUAUAUUCGAUGACCCCUGGAGUCACCUGUUGAUGGCCACCUUAGCACCACGGAAAUACGUUAAGGUGUCAUCCAUCAGAAUGCAGGGUCUGCUGCUGCUCUUCUUCUCCAAACUGGAGCACGUCCCCUUCAUCAGAGACAUUCAGGCCACAUACACACGCACAGGCAUUUUUGGUUACUGGGGUAACAAAGGUGGCGUGUCUGUCCGUCUGUCUUUCUAUGGCCACAUGCUCUGUUUCCUCAACUGUCACUUGGCUGCGCACAUGAAGUAUGCCACAGAGAGAGUGGAUGAGUUUGAGUACAUCAUGGACACACAGACCUUUGACUGUAAAAAGGCUUCAAGAAUUGUUGAUCACAGGCUGGUGUUCUGGUUUGGAGAUCUCAACUUUCGAAUUCAGGACCAUGGCAUGCACUUUGUCCGCUCCUGUAUCAACAAUCAAAACUACAACCUGCUGUGGAGCAAAGACCAGUUGACCAUGAUGAAGAAGAAUGAACAGAUGCUCCAGGAGUUUGAGGAAGGUCCUCUGGACUUUCAACCCACGUACAAGUUUGACUUAAACUCCGAUACUUAUGACAGCAGGCUCUACAGGACAUGGUUUGGCUUUAAACAUGCUACCGCCUAUGAUGGAGGUUGCUGGCAGACAACAGCUACUGUGUGCGGUAAGAAGCGUAAACCUGCCUGGACCGACAGGAUUCUGUGGCGGCUCCGACCCAAGGCCCCACCCUCUGACGAGCGAGAUGAAAACAAGGUUGGACCGGAUGCCAAGAAGGUCGGGCAUGUGGAAGAGGAUGAGGAGUACCCGCUGAAGAUCAGGCAGGACUUGUACACCAGCAACAUGGAGUACAGCAUCAGUGACCACAAGCCUGUCAUCAGUGUCUUCACACUGGAGCUGAGGAAGAUGUACGAGACUCCUCUGGUGCGUCUGCAGGCAGAGGGCGACUGGAGCGCAGACAUUGAUGCAAUGGUUCUCUACAGCCCUCUGCAGCCGUUCCCCUCCAGUACAUGGGACUGGAUCGGACUCUAUAAGGUUGGAUUCACGAGUGUGUCGGACUACAUCACCUACACGUGGGUCAAAGACGACGAAGUGGCCUUCAAUGAAGAAGUCAUACAGGUAUAUGUUAGUAAAGAGGAAAUCCCUGUGCGCGGAGGGGAGUGUGUGCUGUGCUACUACAGUAGUACUCUGCAGUGCAUUAUUGGAAUCAGUGAACCAUUCAAGGUCCAUGAGUCCAAGGUAGCCAGUGAGGAAGGCUUGAUGCCUGAGAAGAUCAACGGACUUGACAAAACCAUUGCCAGCGAAAACUUUUUGAACUGAUCUGUCAGUGUGGUAGGAUGUAGAAAUGGAUCUUGUUUUGGCCUGGAUUGUUGCUGGAUUGUUUCCUAAUUUAUCAGAUUAGGAUGCGUUUCCUGUUAAUGCUGUUACACAUGCCCACUGACUUCUCUAACGCUGCCGGCGUGGCUAUAAGUGACUUACAUUUCUGUGGUCAGUACUUUUUUUUUUUUUUUGGUCUCCUAGGGUCACCUUUUCUCCACGUAUGUUGACCAGAAUGGAAGGUCUGACUGAAAUCAAGCAAAGCAGAAUCUAUUAGCAAUCCUUCAUCAACUGACUUAAAACCUGUUUCCCCCAGAAUGGAAACUCACAUUUAAAUUGGUCUGAGCGUAGAACAAAGAAGUGCCAGCUUUGUGUCCUGGCUUAAAGCUUAAUAAAAUGACAAAGUUA